CCCGAUUCUAAUGCCUGGAGUAAAUCCGUCCUUGCCUCACUCCGAGUCCUAUCUUUGUACUGGAGUUCAAGUUUCGUUAGAUAAAGUCCUUUAUAUAACAGGUUUCCAGCCUGAUGCGGAGAAAAGUACUGUACAUCAUAUGAUGGUGGUUGGAUGUGAUUCUCCUGUAGAUAUUGAACCUGGAGAACCAAACCUCUGGAACUGCGGGGGGAGUUUAGGAGAGGCAGGAUUGCGGUCUCCUGGUUCAGCUUGUCCAGGCUCUAAAUCCAGUCAGACGUUGUUCAUGUGGUCACUUGCUGCAGGAAAAUAG